AUGUCGUCCACGGCUGAAACAUCCUCAAGCGCGAGUACCUCCCCCACCGUCGUCGCUGGCUCCCAUGUCAAGACGGGCGCUGUGUGGGCGGUGUGGUUGGUGUCGUUCGCGCCGCCGCUCUAUGGGCGAGUUCGACUCUGGGGCACCGGCAGGCCAGUGGGCCGGCCUGUCCUCGCGGACAACACCUUCGAGGCCGUUGCCGUCCCGCCCCGUUCGCAUCAACGUUCAGGCUCGCGCUCGUACCCGCAAGCUGACUCGAUGGGCAUGAUCGCCGCCCCGACUGACAGCAGCGCGGGGCACGGCAAGUACUCGCUCUCCUCAUCCGAGGAGACAACUACGUCCGAGGCACAGAGACCUCGUGCCGGUCGCCGCCGGUCAGAGUACAUCGAGACCGUGCCGCCCCUCGAGUAUGCGCCGCAGGCCAACAGUCCCGAUCGUCGCGCGCGCAAACAGUCGAAUGGUUCGAGCACCCGUGCCGUCGCCCUUGCGAAGCUCAACACUGCUGCGGCGAACAACAGCACUGCAACCACCGCCACGACGGCGUCCGGACACUCGCGGCAGCGAUCUGCUGACCGGAGUGCAUACGCGGCCGACGAGUCCUUCGGGCCAUACUCCGCGAGCCAUGAGCCGGAGUACUCGACUAGCGUCGGGUGUGCGCCGGAACCCGACGAGGAAGCCCGUGCCCUCGUACCACUCCAGUGCCUCAGCGGCAUCUACGGAGAAGCGACAGUCCACGCCCAGCACUCCGGCCAGAGUCUGACGCCUGCUCAGUCGCGGGAGGAUUGA